AUGAACCCGGGCAACGGAUACUACGGACAAUGGCUGCCGGGGCAUCCUGAGCACGAUAGACGCUUCUUGCCCGAGGCAGGCUCCUUCGACGACGAUGGCUCCAACUUGAUGCGACCACAUGCCCAACAUGGCAGACAGCAGUAUCCCGUACAGUCCCCGUACAAUGAACCGAUAUAUCCCCCUCAGCAAGUAUACUCGCCGCCUCAGUUUCAGCCUCUUCAACUUCACCAUCCACCCCCAGCCCGGGGUCCGUACAUACCUCUCAUUCCACUAGAUGCCGUAGAGGACGUAGAAGAAGACGUGCCCUUGGCACCCUUCACCAGUGGUGCUUUCCAUGAUCCGUUCAACAGGGCGUAUGCUACGAGUGGACCAGCCGUAUUCGAGGGAUUUAUUCCAGCAAACCCUGAGCAGGAGGACGAAGAUGCGUAUACUGAUGCUACUGGAUUCAGCAACUCCAUCUACGACCGCGAGUUUGAAAGCUCGGAUGAGGACGAUGAUUAUGAACGUAUGAUUGACGAAGAGAAAGAGCGAGAACGGCUCAUCCAAAUCGAGAACAGAGAUGACUCGGAAGUCGACGCAGACUAUUCGUCCGAAGAUGCGCAGCAAGAUGAGGGUGAUCCCGACGAGAUGGAGCUAGGCGUUGAGUUUGAGGAUAUGGAAGGGCGUAUGAAGCAGAAGAGAGGGAGAGGCAGACGUACCACCAAAGAUGCAACCAUGGCUAAUAUCAUUCCUGCGUCUAGGACCAGAGGUCAGCGCGGAGGAAAGCGAGGGCGCCCUUCAACGAGGGGCCGUGGCGGCCACAGCGGUGCUCGGUCUACCCGGGGUAGGAAACGCGGGAAACCCGGAAGAGAAAAAGGCCCCAGAGGUCCUCGCCCUGUCGCCGAUCCAGGUGCAGAAUGGAAGGCCCUGCAACAAAAAGCCAAUGCCAAGUUUAUCGAAAAGGACUACGAGGCUGCCCUUUCGUUUUCUCAACAGGCCAUUCAACUCAACCCCGAGAUCUUCGAUGCUUACAACAUCGCCUCUGAGAUCUACACGGAAAUGGGUCGCGAAGAGGACUCUAUAGCCGUAUUGUUAGCUGGUGCGCCAACGAAGCGUGAUCCCGGCCUUUGGCAGUUCAUCAUCGAGCGCAUUCAACAGUUGGACCCGGAGCAACACCCGCGGUUUACCGAUGCGAACAAGUCGGCUGCUAUACUUCCAUGCUUGAACGAGAUAAUCCUGCUCAACGACGACUAUGAAGCCCGCAGUCACAAGCUCGAGAUUGAAGCACAGCUGGGACGCUCGUCAAAAUGCGUAUCCCUGGGUCUCAAGAUGCUCAAGACGCGUAAAGAGCAAGGUGAGGACCCAGACACUAGUGUGCUGAAGAUCAUGGCAAUGAUGGGCACCGCAUCCCCGAGGCAGACUAAGAUACAUCUCCACAAGCUCAUCAAUAGCUUUGAGGAGGCUAUUGAUGUUUUCACGCAACCCGGUCGCGAUCCAGUCACGAAUGAACUCGAUUGGGAAUUGAUCAAUAUCUAUCUCGAUCUUUUAGACCGCGCGGGUAGUUAUGCGAUUGGCGUUACAAAACUCAAGUCGCUUUCGCGCUGGAAACAGGGGAGACGAACGGAGACGUUUUGGGAUGAGCUUGAUGACGACCGCGAGUUUGACAUUGAAGAUGGUCCAAGGCGUAUUGCCGUUCCUGGCUUCGUACGGAGAUCUCAAGACGCAAAGUACGGCUCAACACUACCUCUAGAGAUCAGAGUCAAGCUUGGCUUGUUCCGGCUGCGCAGAAGCAAAGACGAUUAUGAAGAAGCUAUGCACCACCUCGAAAUGUUAGAGCCGGACGACCACGGGCCAGAUGCGCUGAUGUGGGACUAUGAAGAUCUUUUCCGCAUUAUCGGCGACGCCCUACACGCCACGGGCCAUGACAAGGAUGCGCUGCGCUUCUACGAGCCACUUUUCAACAACAACUCAAAGGAAUUCAAUCUCAUGAGCUAUAUUGGUUUGCACACUUGUUUCAAGAACGAGGGGCGCACCGAAAAGGUGGCAGAGAUCAUUCCCGUCUUGAAAAACUGGCCAGCAGAGAACUAUGAUGACCUUGCUAUCCUCGCAAAGUUCUUCGAAGACCAAGGCAUGUGGCAAGAAGCUGGACAGCGCGCAGAGACCAUCUACCGUGACAAAUAUGGUCACAAACUCAAGGCUUUGGGUUUUCAGGCAUACGAUGAGCUGAGAGUAUACUACUACAAUCAGCGUCGGCAAGCCCGAGGCAGGUAUGCUGUUCGGAAGAGUACCGUGCGAAGAAACAGGAAGAAAAUGCAAAAGGCGACUGGACAAAUCGGCGAAGACGAUGAUUCCUCGAAUGAAAAUAGGAACGAACUGCCGGCUCUUAUCGCCCCUACUGAGCGGCCUAAGAAAGGUUUAUUUCGAACUAAAAGGACCAAAGCGCCAAAAGUCGAGGCAUUUCUCGAUGUUCGGGACGAGGAGGCUGAGUCCAUAUCCGACAUGGAGCCGAGACGGACUACCCUUGAGGGCACGGACGUGCCAAUCCGGUCAAUUACGAGCCGUCUAUUUCGCAACAAGCUCCAAAAGCUGGCGACCGAUUUUGCGGAUGACCUGAAGGCUGCAAGGGCUCAGCAUCGAGAAAUUAUUUCCAGCUUCAAAAGACUGGAUGAGUUGUGGGAACCAGCCGAAGAUGGAAACGAGGAGGCUAUCAAGGAAGUCUUGUCCAUCACACGAGAACUAAUCGAGGAGUUUUCUACGUUUGAUCUGUUCUACUCGAACAGAAAAGAAGACCUCAUGACUUAUUUCCGGCGCGUCACAGGGGGGGAUCUUUGGAAAGAAUCCGCACUCAUGGUACUUGCUGUGGUAGCGAACAACGCCGAAGAUGGUGAGACCGAUCCUGAACUCCGAGAAUGGCCCGACAAACCUCCAACCGAUUUCUGGGGUAUACAUUUCGAUAGAUGGUGCGAUGCAUUUGGUCGUUACGCCACAUUACUCGCAAACGAAGGUGAUGAAGAGCAGUGUUUUGCUACACUCGACAUUGCCCUCCAAGCCAAUGUCUUUCACCGCUCGCAAACCUACCACCAACAGCUGCAGAUAUGUCGACUGGCCUGUGCUCUUGCGGCUGACAAUUCGCUCCAAGCCUCUGUAGCAGCCCGCUGGCUUCUCAAAGAGUAUCCCUUUGGUACUGACCUCUUCCGUAUCUACAGUGCCGUCAAUCGCCUAUGUUCCUUCCCCGAGGGUUUUGCGACGGGCCCCGCGUACAAAGUCCUUAUGCGCUACAUAAAAACCGUCGACUAUGCACUUCUCACUCCUGAGCAGCGCAUUGCAUACAACUUCCGGGAUACCAGAGAGACCAAAGGCGGCUUCAGAAACAACAUCAACGUCGAAGAUGUAGGCCAAGUCAAAGACCAUGACCCGGCUCUUUUUGCACUAUACGCACAUGUCUUGAUGUGCGGUGGAAGCUACAUGGCCGCACUAAACUACUACUUUCGCGCAUUCGCCAUCACACCCGAGGAUCCAGUGCUCAAUUUGAGCAUAGGCGUGGCGUACAUCCAGCACGCCAUGAAACGCCUCUCAGAGAACAGACAGUAUCAAAUCCAACAAGGUUUGUCGUUCGUUUACAGAUACUACGAUCUGCGCACCAAAAGCCCACACGCUAUCCAUCGCCAAGAAGCCGAGUUUAACGUAGGCCGUAUGUGGCAUAGCCUGGGUCUUGUUGCGCUAGCGCUUCCGGCUUACGAGAGAUGUGCUGCGCUCAGGGAGCAGGUGAAGCAGGAACUGCAGGAUCAGUGUCAAUAUGGGAAUUGGGGACAUGAGGAUUUCAGCACCGACGCCGCGUUUGCAAUGCAGAGCAUCUACGCCAUCAGUGGGAAUUUCGAGGGCGCCCUCGAUGUCACACAGCGGCUGCUGGUUAUUGAGUAGAUGGCAGCGGUUGCUGGCAUGGUCAGCGAUGGAAAUGU